UCUCUCUCUCUCUCUCUCUCUCUCUCUCUCUCAGGUGUGUGUGUGUAUCAUGGGCCGUAUCUUCUUGGAUCACAUCGGCGGGACGCGUCUCUUCUCCUGUGCUAACUGUGACACAAUCCUGACGAACCGCUCCGAGCUGAUCUCCACACGCUUCACCGGAGCCACCGGACGAGCUUUCCUCUUCAACAAGGUGGUGAAUCUGCAGUACAGCGAGGUGCAGGACCGUGUGAUGCUGACCGGCAGACACAUGGUGCGAGACGUCAGCUGUAAGAACUGCAACAGCAAGCUGGGCUGGAUCUACGAGUUCGCCACCGAGGACAGCCAGCGCUACAAGGAGGGCCGUGUGAUCCUGGAGCGAGCGCUGGUGCGAGAGAGCGAGGGCUUCGAGGAGCACGUCCCGUCAGACGCCUCCUAAUCUCUCUCACGUCAGAGAGUCACUAAUGAACACGCACAGCAGGACGAGAGCUUCAGAUAAACAAACACACAAACAAACACGGCACGUAACGACCAGAUCAUCUGCACACCAGCGGAUGGCAGUUCAGAUUAUUUGACAGAAAUGCAUAUGUUCAUGGCUUCUUUCCCGUGUUUGACAUGUUUCCUCUGUAAGUAUGGAGUUCUGUUUGUGCCAGAAGUGUAGACUGCUUUGUGGAGGUCAGCUGUUAAUGCUGUUGUUUUUGUCCGUACUUCAGAAGUCUGUGCUCUCAGUUCUCUUUGGAUAUCCAUAUAAAUAAACAGAACUGGCUCAAUAAUAAGUUUAUCAACAUGUUUCUAAAACUCUGAAUAUUAUGAUGAUGACUAUAGAUUGAUUGCUGCACAAGUUUUAGAAAACUCUUUUUGGGAAAAGCUAAUUCUGUGUGUUUAUCUGGAUAUUACAGAAUGUAAGGCACAGUAUUGAACUGAAGAACGGACACUAAACCACAUCACCAGCAGCAGACAGACACACAUCAUGAAGGAUCCAUGACUUCUGCACUAAUCUAACUCCAUACAUAAGAUCUCCAUCUUCACCGGGAGACCAAGGGUUAAUGAAUGCACCUGAUGAAAUGACGUAGAUUUCUCUGUUUGUUUCCUUAAAUGUUGAGGAGAGUUGUGAUCCCUUCUCUAUCCUCCGUUAGUCAUCUGUGGUUUCAGUCGUGUGACCUCACAGAUUCACACAGAGGUUCACACAGAUUCACACAGGUUCACACAGAGUUCACACAGAUUCACACAGGUUCACACAGGUUCUCACAGGUUCACACAGAGGUUCACACAGAUUCACACAGGUUCACACAGGUUCACACAGAUUCACACAGGUUCACACAGAGUUCACACAGAUUCACACAGGUUCACACAGAUUCACACAGGUUCACACAGAGUUCACACAGAUUCACACAGGUUCACACAGAUUCACACAGAGGUUCACACAGGUUCACACAGAGUUCACACAGAUUCACACAGGUUCACACAGGUUCUCACAGGUUCACACAGAGGUUCACACAGAUUCACACAGGUUCACACAGGUUCACACAGAUUCACACAGGUUCACACAGAGUUCACACAGAUUCACACAGGUUCACACAGAUUCACACAGGUUCACACAGAGUUCACACAGAUUCACACAGGUUCACACAGAUUCACACAGAGGUUCACACAGGUUCACACAGAUUCACACAGAGGUUCUCACAGGUUCACACAGGUUCACACAGAUUCACACAGAUUCACACAGGUUCACACAGAGUUCACACAGAUUCACACAGAUUCACACAGGUUCACACAGAGGUUCUCACAGGUUCACACAGGUUCACACAGAUUCACACAGAUUCACACAGAGUUCACACAGAUUCACACAGGUUCACACAGGUUCACACAGAUUCACACAGGUUCACACAGGUUCACACAGAGGUUCUCACAGGUUCACACAGGUUCACACAGAUUCACACAGAUUCACACAGGUUCACACAGGUUCACACAGAUUCACACAGAUUCACACAGGUUCACACAGGUUCUCACAGGUUCACACAGAGUUCACACAGGUUCACACAGGUUCACACAGGUUCAGGGUUUCAGACUGAAGAGCUGGUGUUUGUGUUGGAGCAGACUUUAGCACAUGUUCACUCGAUCUGUUUUCUUCACACACAGCGUGUAUUAGAUCACUCUACUCUUGUAUUUCUACACUUUUAGAAACUAUCUUCCUGUGUUCUGUUGGAGAGGAGUGUGGCAGUAAUCUUAUUCUUGUGUUGGUGAUUUCUUCAAGACUUUGUGGAUUCUUUGGGUCUUUAUUUCUCCUCAGUUCUGCUGAACUUUAUUGUAUGGUUUCUCUGAGCUAAUUCCUCUCAAACUCCUCUCGUUUGUGUUCGGUGUUUGCUUCUGAAGUACCAGCAAGAGCGUUUCUUCUUCUUCUCUCUGUCGUUUGAUUGAAGCCGCUUCUGUUCAUUAUUGUAUUCAUGAGGUUCACUGUGUUAUAUUUGAUGUCUGACUUGAAGAAUAAAUCAUUGCCUAAA